AUGAAUUUGAGGGUUGUGCCACAAGGCGAAUGGGACAUGGUGGAAGAAUGUCGAUUACGACGUGCUAAUGAUGAAGCCUUUUUUAAUAUAUUCUUCCAGGAGGUGACAUACGUCGUCGUCGUCGUCAUCGGUGGUUGUCGAAACGUGGCAGCAGCAGGCGAGGCCGUGCCCCGAACCAAUUUCCCUGUUUCCCUCUCCCACACGCUCCUUCCCCUACCCCCCAAAAACACACUCCAACUCCUCUCCAACCAACGAAAGAGAAAAAGGCAACGACGCCUACUUGGGAAGCGCGCUCUCUCCGCCACGUUCUCUCUCCCGCAUGGCCUCCGUCUCCAGAUCUCUUCGCGGCGGAUCCGGCGGCAAGAUCCUCCGCCCCCGCCGCUCCCUCCGCCCCUCCGCCACCCCCUACGACCGCCCCUCCGCCUCCGCCCCCGCCUCCCCGUCCCAAACCCUAAUUGGCUCUCCAAGCUCAUCCUCUCCCCCACCCGCCUCAUUGCCUCCGGCGCCGGCAAGGUCCUCUCUUCCGUCUUCGGCCCCGAGUCCGAGUCCUCCUCCGACUCCGGCUCCGGCUCCGACUCCUCCGGCGAUGCCUCCGCUUCCGAUGACGAUAUUGAUUCUAACGACAAUGACCUCGGCGGGGCCGUCGAAUUGCAUAAGGAGAAUCUGUCAUCAGAAAUAGAACCAAGGACAGAGGCCCCAAUAAAUGUGGGAAAGGUUGGAGCAAAGCACUUAAUCGAGAAGUUAAUUUUGCAGGAGAAUUUCUCUUGGGAAGAAUAUGACAAAUUAAUUGGCAUCAUUAAAACUAGAGUAGUGAGAUCUCCCCUCAGCUUAGAUGGAGAGGGUUUGGUUUCAGAUGUAGACAUGUCUCAUCUAUGCAGUACAGCUGUCGUGGAAGCAAAGAAAUGGUUGCAGGAGAGGAAAUUAGGAUCAAAUUCAGAGUUGGAUCUGGAUAAUGCAACCCCCAGUGUAAACCCUAGCUGGUCACCACAUGUUACUGAAGGUGAAACUGGCUCACCAGUGGAUGUAGCCAAGUCGUAUAUGAGUGAACGUCCUCCAUGGGCCUCUCCAUGCUUUAAUACUGCUGGGCAAAGAUGUGCCUCGCCGGUGAGGAUGCAGUUUUCCAAGGAAGAUACACUGUUUUCAAUUGGUGGAAACCCCCUAUCUCCAUCGAAGCUUCAGCUGAAAAGGGAUUCACCUAUCAGUGGUUCAUGGAACAUUUCCGAGGAAAUAAGGAAGGUGCGAUCAAAGGCAACAGAAGAAUUGCUAAGGGCUUCAUCUUCCAAAAGAGCUGAUCCUGGAUCCAAUCUGAGGGAUUCAUCCAUGGCAAAAAUCGAUUGGUCUGCAUCUGGACAUGAAAGCAAUCGUAGCUCAUAUUUGGGCAGCAACCUAGCAGAUGUCCUGGGAGAGAGAAGGCCUGGCUCUGCAUUACUGGUUGAUGCAUCUUCGGACCUGCCUGACCCACAAGCUGCUUCUCAGCCAUCAGCAAGCGCGCAAGAUGAUCUGCAAGAGAGAGUGUUGCCUUCUCCACCUGCUAUAAUUUCUGAACAGAUUAAGGAUUUGGAAGGAGAUCUGGUCAUGACUGAAGGAAAAGGAGGUCUGCAGGACGGCUCAAGAGAUACCGUGACUGUUCUACAUAGUGGUGCUGGUUCUACUGGUGUUUGUGAUGGUCCCAAAGACCUCAAUGGAUUUAGCCAGCAAGAUGGUUCACUGAAGACAAGUAUACCUGAGGGGGCUCAAACUGAAGGUUCAGUUGACGCUAAUGGUUUCCUGCUCCUGGAGCAAGCUUGUCAGCUGGGAUGGAACCUGAACAUGAAAAUCAUAGGUCAUAUGACGAGGAGAUUAAACCUGUUGAACCGAGCAUUCCUACCAUUCCCCAUGCGGAGGAGACGUGUGAGCUCCUCAGCGAAACUUCUAUUGAGGUCCCAAUUGUAAAUGAGAGUAGCGAGAUUGAUGGUGUUGCCACCGGCUCCCAAAACAAUGCUGACAUGCAAUAUGAAGAAUUAUCUCAGGACCUUACUCAACCACAUGAAAAUACAGUGGCACAGGUAAGAGACGCAUUGUGAGUGAGAAACAAGAAGGAAGAAAGCAACCCAGAUACAGCAGGAGGGGCAGAGGACGGGGAAAACAAAAUUAAGUCGCGAUCUUGUAUUUAGAUUUUUAUUGUUGUAACUUAGUUAAAGGGCAGUGAAUGGUAGGAUAGGAUAAUACCGGGCAGCCUUUUUAAGUUGCAUGCUCUGUGAGCAGAUCUUUGUGGUUUUCUUUUUAUCUUUUUUAGUCCGUACUUUGUCCCUGUUGGGGCUCUUCAAAUUGUUUUUUUGUUUCUUUUUCACUGCCAUUGGGUGGAGGUUCAGUAGGGAAGAAAUGUUUCCACUUCAUAAAAUUUAUAAAAAAGGCGUCGCAAAAAUGUUAAUGUUU